AUGUUCCACAUGGUGCAGACGGAGGAGAGAGUAACACAGGUGCAGACGGGGGGGAGAGAGUACACAGGUGCAGACGGGGGAGAGAUACACAGGUGCAGACGGGGGAGAGAGUACACAGGUGCGAGACGGAGGAGAGAUAGAUACAAGGUGCAGACCGGAGGAGGAGAGGUUGUCAGGAGGAGAGAGUCCACAGGCAGACGGAGGAGAAGGAGAGUGUACACAGGUGCAGGACGGGGAGAGAGUACACUGGUGGCAGACAGGGGGAGAGAGUACACCAGGUGCAGAGGGAGGAGAGGAGAGUACACAGGUGCAGGAACGGAGGAGAGGUACACAGGGUUGCAGACGGAGGACGAGAGGCUCAGGAGGAGAGAGUAUGUCCACAGGGCUGAGACGGAGGACGAGAGUACACAGGUGCAGGACGGGGGAGUGAGAGUCACAGGUGCAGACGGGGUGAGAGUGUACACAGGUGCAGGACGCGGGGGAGACGAGUACACAGUGCGCGGAGGAGAGAGUACACAGGUGCAGACGGAGGAGAGAGGAGAGAGGUGUCAGGGAGGGAGAAGAGGUCCUACAGGUUGGCAGACGGAGGAGGAGUUACACAGGCUGCAGACGGGGGAGAGAGUACACAGGUGCAGGACGGGCGGAGAGAGUACACAGUGUGCAAGGACGGGGGAGAGAGUACACAGGUGCAGACGGAGGACGGAGAGUACUACAGGUUGCAGACGGAGGAGUGAGGUGUCAGGUGGAGAGAGUCCACAGCGUGCUGACGGUCGGAGGAGAGUACAAGGUGCAGACGGGGGGAGAGAGUACAUAGUGCAGACGGGGGAGAGACGAGAGUAA